CUCUGUCAAACGCAUUUAUCUUGGUACUCUUAGCUUGCCGUAGUGUUUAUAUCCGAUGUAACCAAUAUGGCGUCGCGCAGUUAGCCUGGUUAGCUGGAAACAGACAAUUAUUUACGAUUAUUGUAGUUUUAAGAACGUAUUGAAAGAAUGUGCCGACGUUAUCGUGAAGGAAUACGUUUUGAAAUAAUGUGAAGCUGUUUUAAAGCGGUAAAUUUGCGUGUAUUGUGGUUGGAAAAUGGUCUUUUCUUACCUUGAAGCUAGUCUGUCACUUUGCUAACUCAGUAAGCUAGCCGUUAGCUCGCCCUGACAGGCAGCUUUAACGGUCAGUUUGCGGGAGUAUCUCCGACCCAAUGACGGAGGUGGAGGAGCUGCGACCCGUUCCCCGGGAGCGGGCCAUACUGGAGAGCUUCUUUACGCAGCUCGGCAUGUUUUCUUUCGACCGGGCUAAGGACUACGUGGAGAAGGAGAAGGACAACAGCAAGAGCACCGGGGCGAUCUGGGCCGCGCUGCUGGCCGCUCUGGCUCACCUGGCCGCCGCGGAGAAGGCGUACCACAACAUGACAUUCCUCGGACAGAAAAUGGGCGGCCAGUCCUUCUUUAGCCGCAAGGACUCCAUUCGAACCAUCUACACCUCCCUGUACAACGAGCUCAGGAAAGUGGCGACGACGGGGCGCCACAGCCAGCCGGGCUCCGCUUCCUACCUGGAGGACCUGCUGUCGCACCUGUCGGAGCAGCUCUGCCACUUCACCCAGGCCCGCAUGGAGAUGGCCGACCUGUACGAGAAGAUGCACUCACUGGGCAGCCAGAAGAGCAUCAACUUAGACGAGCUGGUCACCACACUGGAAGCCGUCCUGCAUAAAUACAGCUCCAAGUUCCACCACCCCAUCCUGGGCCGCGUGGAGGAGGGCUUCCAGACGGAGGUGGACGUGGUGACCCAGUUACUGCGCUGCCAGGCCCAGGUGUCCGAGUGGUAUUUCCUGCCCGCUCUGCUCAGCCUGCACGGUGCCAACUCCAAGCUCAUCGCCUGGGGCCAGCUUUUCCAGCGGCAGAAAGAGACCCGCAAGCAUCUCUUUGGCGGUCAGUCCCAGAAGGCCGUGCAGCCGCCGCACCUGUGCGUGUGGCUGCAGCGCUUCCAGGCGCUGCUCCUCGCCAAGUUCAGCUUCUACUUCCACGAGGCCCUGAGCCGGCAGACGGCGCCGGCCGACAUGAGAGCCCUGACCGCCCGCACCACGGCCGACUACCACGGGAAGAUCUGCUCCUUCAUCCGCAAACACGACGCCAGCAACGUGUCUCUGGUGUUCGACAACCGAGGCUCCGAAAGCUUCCAGGGCCAUGGCUACCACCACCCGCACUCGUACCGGGAAGCGCCGAAGGGCGUGGAGCAGUUCCCCGCCGUGGUGUCCCUGCCGACAGGGGAGCGGCCGCUCACACACUGGCCGAACGUCAUCAUGAUGAUGGGAGACCGCGCCGCCGAGCUCAACACCCUGGACAAGGUGGUGCACUUCUACGACGAUAAAGUCCAGAGCACCUACUACCUGACGCGGCCCGAGCCUCACUUCACUCUGGUGGUUAUCAUUGACGGCAGGAAGUCAGAGAAGGAUCUGCACAUCGCCGCCUUCCUGCAGGAGAUCUCGGGCUCACUGCGAAACUCCAAACCCUUCAGCACCCUCAAACCUGGGUCAAAGGGCUGACAUGUACGGUGGAAGGGAGGAUGAACCUCCAAUCACUUCUCACAGAUUUAUAAGAUGCUUAUAAAUGGUCCAUUUUCCUUUGGAAACCGCAGACCAACUUCUGGUUGGUUUAGCAGUCCUCCUUUUUUGUUGCUCUGAAUCUCAUUUUUACCAAAAAAAGGUCCAGACCAAAGAGACGCACCAACAACAGCUCCUCUCCCUCUGAUUCUUAGGUCGUGACAGUUUGGGCUGCACGAUGUGAGGAAAAUAUCUAAUUGCGGUUAUUUUGACUGAUAUAGCGAUUACGAUAUGAUGCACGAUAUUGAAGGGAAUGAUCAUGUUUGUA